UGCAAUUUGCAUUUCUUGAAGAAGAAAUAUAUAAAAUUUUAUUUUUCCCUCCUCCAAUCCUCUUCACACAAAAGCUCCACUUGUUUCUCUUCAAUCCGCCAUUUUUUCUCGCGCUGUCUGUGUGUAUCUCUCUCUGCAAUGAUCUACUUUUCCAUCAGUGAUUUCUGAACUCUUCUCUUCACCGUCUUACUUUCUCUGCUAUGGGCGGUGUAUCCGAAGAUCUCUCUACAUCCACUUUGCAUCUCAACUCGGAUAACGAUCAGCGAGUUUACUUCGUUCCAUACAGGUGGUGGAAGGACGCGCACGAUUCUGUAACUGGCGAUGCCGGUGGGAAGAGAGGACUUCCCCUCCUGGCAUUGCCAGGUUCAUCAUAUGCCGGACCAAUGAAGAUCAUCAACAGUAUUUUCAGCUCGGAUCUUGUGUUUAAUCUAAGAAGAGAAGAGGAUUCUUCGCAAAAUAGUGAAAAUCGUGAAGUAGGCAUUUCAGGGAGGGACUACGCGUUGGUCUCCGGAGAAAUGUGGGUGCAGGCACUUAAAUGGCAUAGUGAUUCCAAGUCUUCAACGAGGAAUGGUGGUAGCUUUUCCGCUGCAGAAAAUAAUAUAGCAGAUGUUUAUCCUUUGCAGCUAAGGCUUUCUAUCCAACGGGAGGCAAAUAUUUUGGGAGUGAGAAUAAGCAAAAAGGAUAAUGUAGUCGAAUUGUUUAGAAGAGCGUGCAAAAUCUUCAAUGUCGAGUCAGAGUUGUUGCGAAUCUGGGACUUUUCGGGCGAAACAAUAUCCUUUUUUACUAACAGUAACAAGCAACGACAGUCAGACCAAGAGCUUCUACUUGAAUUACAAGUUUAUGGGUUGUCAGAUUUCAUAAAGUGCAAAGAAGGGAAAAAGGAUGAAUUGGCAAAUUCUAUUCUUGGAAAUUCAUGUGGUUCUUCACUUAUGAUGAAUGGUGUUUCCGGAAAUGGGAGUGCUAGCUGCUUCCGUGUAAAUUCUUCAGUUUUUUCUGGAAGCUCUCGUGAAGCUGGUUCUUUAGGAUUGACGGGCUUGCAAAAUCUUGGCAACACCUGUUUCAUGAACAGUGCUCUGCAGUGCUUAGUGCACACUCCGAAACUUGUUGACUACUUUCUCGGUGACUAUGGUAGAGAAAUAAAUCAUGACAACCCAUUGGGCAUGAAUGGGGAAAUUGCUUUGGCAUUUGGAGAUAUGUUGAGGAAAUUAUGGGCGCCUGGCGCAAGUCCUGUGGCACCCAGAACGUUCAAGUCUAAGCUUGCUAGAUUUGCUCCUCAAUUCAGUGGCUUUAAUCAACAUGAUUCUCAAGAGCUCCUUGCUUUUUUGUUGGAUGGGCUCCAUGAAGAUCUCAAUCGUGUGAAAAAGAAGCCUUAUGUAGAAGUCAAGGAUGGAGAUGGACGACCCGAUAAUGAAGUAGCAGAUGAAUAUUGGCAAAACCAUUUGGCUCGCAAUGACUCCAUCAUUGUUGAUGUGUGCCAAGGUCAAUAUAAGUCAACAUUAGUUUGUCCUAUUUGCAAAAAGGUUUCUACUACCUUUGAUCCAUUCAUGUAUUUAUCACUGCCUCUUCCUUCAACAACAACGCGAACAAUGACUUUAACAGUUGUGAGCACUGAUGGUAGUACUCCAGCUCCACAUACCAUUACAGUUCCCAAGUCCGGAAAAUGGGAAGAUCUAAUAAAAGCACUUAGUAUAUCAUGCUCUUUAAAAGCUGAUGAGACUUUAUUGGUUGCCGAGGUAUACAACAACCGCAUAUUACGGUAUCUUGAGGAGCCAGCUGAUUCUUUAUCCUUGAUAAGAGAUGGUGACAGAUUGGUUGCCUAUCGCUUAGCAAAAGAUGAUGAAGAAAUGCCCUUGGCUGUGUUCAUGCAUCAAAGCAUCGAGGAGCAGUACAUCAAUGGAAAACGUACUACAAGGCUUAAGGCAUUUGGAUUUCCCCUCGUGGCCAAGCUGCCUAGUGCCUUUAAUGGAUCUGAUAUUCAAGCUAUAUACAAAAAAUUGCUCAGUCCCUUCCAGGUGCCUGCUCAAGAUGCUUUGGAAGAAAACCGUACCUCUGAUGUUGAUGCAAUUGAGAAAACCAGGGAGGUGGAGAAUGGAACUAAUUCCGGAUCGGCUUGUGCAAUUGAUCCCUUGAGAAGUGAAGAUGCAGACAAUUCUCCGCCGGAUGCUGAUUUACAAUUUUACACUACAGACGAGAAGGGAUUCGUUCGGGGCUCUGAAAUUCAAGUUGGUGAAUUUGUAGUAGGGUCGGAAAAGAGCAAGCGGCUAUAUGUGCUUGUGUCCUGGCCAGAAAAGCAAAUUGAGCGUUAUGACACUCGCCUUCUUACCUCUUUACCUGAGGUUUUCCAAUCCAGCUACCUUACAAAGAGACCUCAAGAAUCUGUUUCUCUGUAUAAGUGCCUUGAAGCUUUUUUGCAGGAGGAGCCUCUUGGACCCGAAGACAUGUGGUAUUGUCCUACUUGCAAAAAACACUGUCAAGCCAGUAAAAAGUUAGAUCUUUGGAGAUUACCAGAGAUUUUGGUUAUUCAUUUGAAGAGGUUCUCAUAUAGCCGGUUCAUGAAGAACAAGCUAGAGACAUACGUUGACUUUCCUGUUGAUGAUCUGGAUUUAUCGAUGCACGUUGCCUAUAAGAAUGGUCACUCUUGUACUCGCUAUGUGCUUUAUGCAGUCAGCAAUCACUAUGGGAGCAUGGGAGGUGGCCAUUACACAGCAUUUGUCCAUCAAGGAGGUGACCAGUGGUAUGACUUCGAUGAUAGCCACGUUUAUCCAAUUGGCCUGGAUAAGAUAAAAUCUUCUGCUGCUUACGUUCUUUUCUACCGAAGAGUUGUAGCUUGAUAUAUUCACAAUUGGCUGAGGUUUCAUUGAAGUGAAGUCUUGAUAAUUUCUGGAAAUUUGAUGCUAAUUAGCUCUUGCCAUGAUCAUCAUUCGUCUUUCUCUGUCCUUGAUUAACCAUACAUGUAGUUUUCAGUAUGGGUGAAACCUGAAUGGAGUUUCAUCCUAAAGACGAUGCGGAAGAAGCCAGUUUCCAUCAUGCUUAAGCAAGAGAACACUACAGAUGUUAGGAUACUAAUUACAUUCAUUGGCGUUAGCAUCUUUGAAAGAGGAGAGGCUUUCAAUAUAAUCUCUUGUGAGUCUUGGACAAUAGCGUAAGGUACAAGCCUAACUCUUUUCUUUUGAAGAUUUUUUACGGUUACUGAGAGCUAGGAUAUUGAGUAAUUCUUUAUUAUCAUGAAAUUCCUGAGAAAUUCAUUGCGGCUAUGGUUGGUGUGUUGAUUCUUUUGUCAUUAACCUGUAGUGACUAAUUGAUAACUUUUGAUCCAUUUUUUCUUUUAACCAUUGUAUUAAUUUUAAACUGGGCUGGUAAUUGGCUUCAAAUGAGGUACGAAAUUAUGAAUGAACAUCAUGAUAAUAUUGAUAAAAGUGUGCGUAGCACUUUUGACUUGGAAA